UGUCUCGUCUCUCUCUCUCCUCUCGGUUCAUCGAUCGCCCCAGCCCUGCAAGUAAGCAACUAGUAUGCUAGUAGCAGCAGUAUUACUUUAAAUAAUAAAAAACACGGACUCGCGGCCGGACACGCAGAUCCAGAUCACUGCCAUCACUCAUUAGAUCUCCCUUACUUAGCUCAGCUCUAAAGUUGAUCUUUCCAGCCAUCCAUCUCAUCUCAGAUUCCUAGACACUAUGAGCAUACUUUUUUUUUGGCCCUGCCGCGGGGGGAUGUGGUGGUGGGAGUUGUGUAUUGAACAGGUAUUACAUCAAAUAAUCAUGUCAAGAAGACCGAAUACUUCUCGUCGACUUGGAGAUGGUGGAAGCAUUCCCUUUGUGGGCUCCUUACACCCUAAAGCACGCCCUUCUCCUUCAUUAUCCGUGGGACUUCUUGUUGUGGGUGCAUUUCUGAUAAUUGGUUACUUGUAUCAUGGAUCAGGUGGAAGGAGCGCAGAUAUAGAUGCCUUAAAUAGACUUGAAGGUGGCGCUUCAUGUGCACUAGAAGUGCAGAGAGCGUUACCCAUAUUAAAGAAGGCAUAUGGUGAUAGUAUGCACAAGGUGUUGCAUGUAGGCCCUGAAACUUGUUCAGUGGUUUCAAAGCUACUGAAAGAAGAGGACACUGAAGCCUGGGGAAUUGAGCCGUAUGACUUGGAGGAGGCUGAUGGCUACUGCAAGAGUCUUUUGCGCAAAGGGAUCGUGCGUGUUGCUGAUAUUAAAUUUCCACUUCCUUACCGGGCAAAAUCAUUCUCCCUUGUCAUCGUUUCUGAUGCAUUAGAUUAUUUGUCACCAAAAUACCUUAACAGGACUCUUCCAGAAUUGGCAAGGGUAUCGGCUGACGGUGUAGUUAUAUUAUCAGGUUUUCCUGGACAGCAAAGAGCUAAGGUGGCAGAACUAGCUAAAUUUGGUCGUCCGGCCAAGCUACGAAGUUCCUCGUGGUGGAUAAGGUUUUUUGUGCAGACCAGCUUGGAAGAGAAUGAAGCUGCUGCAAAGAAGUUUGAGCAAGCAGCGGCCAAGAAGUCAUAUAAGCCAAGCUGCCAAGUUUUCCAUCUCAAAUCUUUCCAAUGAAUUUGAACUCUGCUGUCUUUCUGAAAUUUACACCAUCACCUUUGCUUUGGUGUUAUAAUUUACACCAUCAGAUAAACGUGGACUAGGUUCCGAUAUUUUUUUUUUGACAUGGAAGGGGUACAAGUUGGUCUCUGCUAGAUUAUUAGAAUGCGCAAUAUUUUCCUCUAGAUUGGGUGGCUUGGUAUUUGAUUCUGUUCAUUGAUGUAGUUGUAAAAUACUACUAGCUCGUUUCUUGAAAUUUGUAAUACUCCUGUCUGAAAAUGCUCAGCAGACAGUGAAAAGUAAUCAAGUCUCAACUGGGACAAUGUCUUAAAAGUCUCUAGGGUCAUCUGUCAGGCCUUCGAAUUUCAAUGCAAGAUUAUUUUCCAAA